AUGUCUGGAGCGGUCAUUGCAAAUAGCUCAAAGAAAUUAAACAAAUGGAAACCUUUAUCCCAAUCGGACCUCCUUGAAGGCCUUAGGGUGGUACACCUGCAAGUCUUCGGCCUCUGGCACGCCCUCAACACUUACCGAAGCUCGUCCAAGAAGAGCUACAAGCUGCUGGUUUACAUAAUAUCCACCCUGGUCGUCGUGGCGCCCUACCUCGUGUCGCAGAUCCUCUGUGCCUUUUACGUGAAGAUGAGUCUCCAAAUGGCCAUCUAUCUCAUUCUCAAUACAAUGCCGACCUUUCAAGCCAUUACGAAGAUGGGAGUAUUCUGGUUCCAUAUAGAAGAGAUGUCAAUUUUAUUCGAUCUUUUGCGUGAGGACUUUCUCACAUGUGUGCCACCGCACAAGAAGUCGAGGGCUAAAGAAAUAUAUCGUAGCAUCACGAAAAGGUCGAAUAUGUUUUGCUUCUUGGCCUUUUUCGCCAACACGAUAACAGUGGUGACGUGGAUAGCCAUGCCAGGAUUCGACACUAACCUCAAGGGUACCGGAAGGAAGAAGGUCAUCGCUGGUUGGUAUCCGGUUCCUUAUUCUGAGACGCCAUAUUACGAAGUCGUCUUAACCUACGAAUCGUUUCUCAUGGUCUGGUUCGGCCUCUCUCUUUGUCCUUACGAGUGCUUCCUGGUCCAGCUGAUGUCUGGUCUAUGUGCUCAUUUCUCCGUGCUCAACCAUCACCUUGCGACUUUGACUAAGGAAGACAUCUUCGGAAGAUUCGGUCCAGAAAAUAGAAGAGACGGUAAUGCAGUCUUGAAUGAAGAAUUAAAAAAGAUUUUUGACGAUUACAACAAACUUCUCCGGUAA